AUGUCCGACAGCAUUCCUGCCGGCUCCUACCUCAUCCGCCACGUCCCGACCGGCCAUGUUCUCUUCGACGCUGGAAACAACAAGCUGAAGGCCGAGAAACGCGACGAAGGGAAUCCGCUGUACCGGGAGGCGCAAGUCUGGUGGAUCGAGCCCAUCCCGGAGCAGCAGAAGUUCUUCGAUAAAGCUCCGACAUUGUACACGAUAACACAGCUGGCACAGGAGAAAUCCUUAGAUGCGCCUGACAAGAAGCAUCUCCACCUACACAAGUCACACGGUGCACCGUGGCAACUAUGGAAGUUUGAGAGAAGGGAGGACUGUAAGGAAUGUAUGUACUCGGGUCUCGCGAUCGACAGGGGGAAUUUGAACAGAGGCUAUGAAUCCAGCAAGCUUAAUCUACAUCUGCAGUGGGAGCUCGUGAUCCCCAUGUCCUCGGUGCCUAUAGGCUGGCACCAGUUGAAAAACGUCAGCACCGGCAACAUCCUAAGCCAUUCCUACCCAUCGUCUCUCCCGAUCCUUAUCUCUCCCACCGGACCCAAUCACACAUCAAACUACCGGGAGACGUGGGGAACACAGUGGACGAUAAUUCACAAUCGCGCUCUCGUGGGUGGUAACGCGGUCGCCUCUUUCCAGAUUAGGAACCGUCUUACGGGUGGGUUCCUGCGUGCUCGGGGUACUAUGGACCCGACCAUUCCGACGACGAUGGAGGACACCGUCCGUGCGUGGCAGACGUGUCCCUCUGGAGGGGAGAAGCUAUGGACACUGGAGCUCGACGGACGGAGGAACUGGAAGAUUGUGGAAGAGGCCACGGGAAACCUGCUGGGAGAGGCGCUCGGAAGAUCUUUCGGUGGCGGAAACACUCUCGAAUGCUCCAGUAAGCAGCUGGAUCCUCGUAGGAGCUGGAAACUAGUUCCAAUGGAGGAAGUUGACACCAACGUCACGAAUGUGCGAUUUUCCUUAGCCCAUGCUCAAGAUGUUGUUGAAACUAAGUCGAAAACAUAG